GGCCCCAGGUGCCUUUUAAGGAACUCCACCCUAGGUGGAGUCCUUACUGUAGUUACACCUCUAUUCUGGCCGAGCCAGGGCAGAGAAAGACGAAAUCACCUCAUUCACUGAGGUUGCCUAGGGAGCACCUCACAUUGUGACUUAUGUGGGUCUGGAGGUACCCAGUGGGACAGCUAGGAGCCUCCAAGAAACCCCGCCCUAGAGGACGCCAGAGUUGCGGCUGUUUUUCCUUGAAGCUCCUGUCCUGGGUGGCGUUCUCCUAAGUGUAUCGACCAAUCCCGGAAGAUAAAGGAAAGGUGCGGGGCCGCCCGCGAAAGAGAAAGCCAGAGAACGUAGCCUGGUACGCUGUCAAGAUAGGGGCGGGUGUGAGUGGAACAGCUGUCUAGCGAUCAGCUCAGGAGUAUGAGCCUACUGGAGGACCGCAUGAGCUUCAGACACUUCAAGAGUCCUCAGCUAGAGACAAGGGCGAUAUGGAUCAACUCAUAAACAACUUGGAGAUGCAAUUUAAUGCAGAAAGUUGCUCAAUGCAGGCUUUCAAACAGGUCACUGGCACUAUUCACACCAGAGAGACCUCUGAGCCAACAGACAGAAAUAAUAUUGUGUCUCCACCACUCCUGGAUGAUAGCCCUAUGGAGAACCCAGCACUGUUUAACGACAUCAAGAUUGAGCCCCCAGAAGAACUUCUAGAUAAUGAUUUCAGCCUGCCCCAGGUGGAACCAGUUGAUCUCUCCUUGCACAAGCCGAAAGCUCCUCUCCAGCCUGCUAGCAUGCUUCAAGCUCCCAUAUAUCCUCCCAAACCACAGUCUUGUCCCCAGGCCCCUGUGGUAUCCACUUCAUCAUCUGACAUGAGCACUCCAGCUAGCAUUUCUACUGUUCUUGCUCCAAAUUCUAUUCUUUCCACCUCUCAGGGAACUGGUGGCCAACAGAUCUUACAUGUGAUACACACUAUCCCCUCGGUUGGUCUUCCGAAUAAGAUAGGUGGACUGAAGGCCAUACCAGUCGUGGUGCAGUCUCUACCCAUGGUGUAUACCAGUUUGCCUGCAGAUGGGAGCCCUGCAACCAUUACAGUUCCACUUAUUGGAGGAGAUGGCAAAAAUGCUGGAUCAGUGAAAGUUGACCCCACCUCCAUGUCUCCACUGGAGAUUCCAAGUGACAGCGAGGAGAGUUUAACUGAGAGUGGAUCUUCAGCCUUACAGGGUCUACAAGGACUGCAACAAGAGUGA